UGCGCAAGGAUCAUGGAGGCCCCCGCAGCCUCGUGGCACGUAGCCGGGGUGCGCAUUACGCCGUCCGAGGUGCGCUUCGUGGACGCGGUGCCCGGAGGGCGCUACCGGGCCUUGCUGAGCAUCCAGAACCUGCAGUCUCACAGCUGCCUUCUUCGCUUAAUGCCUCCGGAACGACCUCAGUUCAAACUAAUUGUGGAAAAGCAAAAGAACUCUGUUGCUUCUGGGCUUCACAUAACAGCCACCGUGGAAUAUCAUCCUGAUAAAGAGAUAAACCUCCAGGACAGGCUACUCCUUCACAUAGGAAAAAAGAUAGUUGAGAUUCCUCUAAUAGGAUUAAUCCCAUGCUGCUGCCUAGAAAUUGAACCUGAGAUAGAUUUUGGCACAGUGAUUGCAAACAGUAACGUAAUUAAUAAAAAUCUAAAAAUUACUAACUAUGGAUCAUCUCCAGGUACGUUUGCUAUAAAAUACAAAGGAAAUGUUUCCAUUUUGAUCGCACCUACCAGUGGAGUGGUGGAACCCCAAUCAGAACAGUUGAUUAAUAUGGAGAUUUGUACAGAUGUACCCAGAACAAUUAAUGAGACAGCCAUUGUGAAAUUGCAGGGACGGCCCAAAGCUCAGGUAAUCAUCAAAGCCAAUAUAGUGGAGCAAAUUCUUGAGCUUCUGGGUGUGCCUCCAUCAAACAAAAUAAAAUGUAUCAAUUUUGGAUGUGUCUAUUUUGGAACCACCAAGACUGAAGAAGUUGUUCUUCAUAAUAAAAGCCCAGAGCCCAUGGAUUGGGUGGCAGUCCUGCAAGAUAAUGCUGUUGGUGGAGAGAUGGGCACAGAUAUUCAGAAGAGUACUAAUGCUGUUUUAAAAGAUUUACAUUGCACUGAUGGAAAAGCAGAACAAGAUGUUUCUACUCUGAUUGCCUGCAUUCCCAAUGAAGGAACACUACAGCCUGAUCAGAAAAUGAUGAUCUCUAUUUGUUUUAGCCCAAAAAUGGUGAAAAGGGACAGGGGGGACCUUGGCAAAACUCCACCAAGGCAAGAUUAUGCUCUCUUUCUGAAAUUUGAAGCUAUAGGAGGCAAAAACGACUUCUUGGAAGCAGUGUCUGGUGGUGACAGACCUACAGGUGAAAAGAAUCGUCAUCAGGUUGAGUUGGGCUUGAUAGGCUCAGGGCUUCCAGUCAUUCUGACAUUCAUACCAGGACCAGUUGUUAAUUUUGUGGAGUGUUACAUGGGUGAACAUACAGAUAUUGUUUGCACGCUCAAAAAUGAAUGCGAUAUUCUUCCGGUAACAUUUGCUUUUCGUAAGAUUGCACAUUAUAAUAUUUGUCCUGAAAAGGGAAAAGUAAAAGCAAAGUCUACACAGGAUAUUUUAUUUUCAUUUAUUCCACGUCACGUAGGAACCUUCACCGUGAAGCAGGUGAUAGAUAUCAUUGGUCCAGUGGCAAAAAAAGAUGGCUUACCAGCACUGAAGAUCAAACCUUUCCAUCAGAUAUACUUAAUUUUUUCUGGUGUGUGCAACUCUGUAACCAGUGAAGUGGUUCUGAAACCCAACCUUGGUAUAACACCACAGAUUUCCAAUGAAGUGGGAGUAUUUGUAGCUAGGAAGGUGGAACAACCCACUGAUGUUGCUCCAGUGGCACUUCUUAAAUCAGAUCGGACACAAAUGCAUGCCCACCGGAUAAAAAAAAAAUUGAACAAUGCAUUGGUAGCUUUUCCUAAUGAUCGUCAAGCCAGCAUAAGACCUGCUGAACUGUAUAAGGAUUACAGGACUAUUUUCACAAAGGUUGCCAGAUACAGUUAUGUGGAUCCAGAGUUUUCUUACACAUUAUUUGAAGAACUGGAAAAGCAAGUGAAUAAGGAUUACUAUGCAAGCUAUCUUCAGAGUUUAAGACAGCAUCGUGUGCAUAAAAAAGCUGCUCGGAUCUUUAAAUCACUUAAUAAUCCUGUGGAUAUUGGGUUAAAACCAGCAUCAGGCUUGAAAUCUCCAAGUCUUAAAAUUUUACAGGAGGAGAAAUUGGAGGAAGAGGUUGCUUGUGUAAGGAGAAGUACUGAUAGCUUAUUAACUAGUCAACAGUUAGCAGAAAUGGAAUCUAAAACUUCAGCCAGAGAGGUGGGUGAUGGGCUUAACCCUGUACCAACUUCGCCACAAGAGAUUGAAGAUUGUAGUUUAAUUUUGACACCGAAGCAGCUUCAUCAGAUAUUCAUUGGCCCCUCUACCAUUGACUUUGGAGAGGUUUGCGUGUGUUCUACAUCUACCAGAAAAAUGCAUCUGGUGAAUAAUCUCCCAGUCCAUAUCUGGGUACAAGUAGAAAUUGAAAGUGAGGAACUGCAACAGACCAGCCCUUUGUCUCACGUCAUUCCACCUUUUACGAAGACUUAUAUUCCAGUUGUGUUUGAGAACAAGAAGUUGGGAAACUUUCGAAAGUCUUUCGUGUAUUCAGUAAACCAGCAUCACACUGGACAUGUGUUAGUGGUAGCAUUAGUAGUACCUGUUGCUUUGGAAAUGUCUACAAGGGAACUGACUUUAAAUCCUGCCUUUAGCUACUUAGCAGAAACUGGAUUUAGAACAACAGUGACACUAUACAAUCGUGGAAACUGCCCUGCAAAAUUCACAUGGAAGCCUGUAAUUACAGAGGAAGGAAUGGCAUUUUCCAUAUGCCCAGAGCAAGGUGUCGUAGAUGCCUGUCAAGAUCUAGAGUGUGAAGUGGCUUGGCACCCAAGUUUCUCUGCUCCAACAAGAGGAGAAUUUGAUUUGUGUGUGCAUCAGGGGAAAACCCUUAAACUAAAAUGCUUGGCAAAGCUUGGCACCACCAGUGUUCAGUUUAAGGAAAAAAGGAUCACCUUUAACCAUGCUCCUCUGCAUUUGACUACCUGCAAGACAGCCAUUCUCCAAAAUGUAGGACAUAACCAUGCAUACUUUCAGGUCAUUGAUGCCAACCCUCUUCCUGGAAUGAUUAUAUCUCCCUUUCAGGGUGUAGUACCUGUUGGAGGACACACUGAAAUCAACAUCUAUUUCAGACCAAAUGCAUUAAUGAAAUUUGAUAGCAGAGUGGAGAUAGCUGUCCGGCAUGCAAAAUAUUUGGAACUUAGGAUUGGUGGAUCUGUAGAUGUUCCUGACAUAUAUAUCAGUAUGGACUCAUUUUGCUUUCCCGGGGUUUAUGUUGGCUCUACCCAAGAAAUUCCAUUCCUUAUUGAGAACAAAGGAAAAACAAGGGCCAAGGUGACAGUGGAUUUAUCCAAACAUGAAGACUUUCAACUACAUUUUUCUUUGCCGCCAGAUGCGACACCAGAUACUUCCCGUUUCUAUACUGCAAUUAUAGAAGAAAAUUCAGCUUUGGACUGCUCACUGAGUUUCACACCAAAAGAAGUGGCAGCAUAUGACUUCAGUCUUCCAAUAAACAUUAACCUUGAUGAGGAUGAAUCUUCACUGAACACCAAAAAACCAAAUCUUUCUGGUUCAGCAAAGCAUAUCAUUGUCCCACGGCCUCAGUUGUUGACUAUACCUACUAAAGUGUGCAAAGUUCAGGGAACUGUAUUACAGCCACCACUGCAAGUUUCUCCUUUAGAAAUCAUAUUUCAGUAUUGUAGGAGAAGUUUGAAGUUGGGUGUUAUAAGUGACAGCAGUAACAUAAAGAAGCUACACCUGAAAAAUGUCUCAAAGAAACAGAUUACUUGGAGAUUUGAUCUUGAUGCUGCUGGCAAAGCAGUAGAUAACGGCAUCUUCAAAUUUAGCUUGUAUACUGGAGUUCUCUAUCCAGGCCAAUCUACAGUUGUUACCAUAUGCUUCUGUCCAUAUUGGGCUGGGUCAUAUACAGCUCAAGUGCCAGUUCUUCUGAAUGAAGAUGUAUCUGUUUACCGAAUAAUCACUUUAUCUGGGUCUAUGACAUCAUCCAAGAUCAACUUUGAGCCUCAGCUUGUGAUACUGACUCCAGUUCCUCUCAAUGUGGAAACAGGGGUAGAUGUUUGUAUAACUCCUCAGGAUUAUUUAAGUAAUAGUUCGACAGUCUUGCAAGUUGAAAUUUCAGAAUUGGACACUAGAGAGGAUGUUCAUCAGAUUAAUCCUUUAACAGUGGAUUUUCCAAAUGGCAAUGUAAUUCAAGUAACAUCAGAAGGAAACAAUAUUGGAUUUACCUGCCGUGUCAGAUUCUGUUCUUCAAAGCCAAUUUCCUUUUUGAAGAAUGUAUUCUUUGUUGAUGGAGAAAAGAACAGAUUUCCGCUUCAGGUGUCUGCAACAGCAGAGAAUUGCCUCCUUACUGUGUAUCCCUACCUGGCAUGCCACCUUACCAACCAGCAAAUUGCCCUGAGAAGUGAUUCUAAUGAGAUAAUUUACAGCACCGGAGAAACUCUGCAGCAUCCAUGUUAUGUUCCAGGAUCAUGUUCACAAAUAUCUUCUGGUACUUUUAAGAGAGUCACCAACUCUGAAGAUUCUUUUGCAGGAAGUGGUAUACUUACAACUAAAUUCAGAUAUUUUUCUGCAGAAUUGGGAAAGAUGCUUGAAAAGCUGAAGAGUGAAUCUACCUAUCAAACUAGACGUGCUAGAAGCAAAUUUGAAUUAUUGGUUUUUCCUGAUGAAGGCACAAAGGAGUAUGCUUUUUAUGAGAAAGUCAUUUCAGCAGUUCAGAAUUGGUUUACUCUCUUUGGUUGGUCUAAAGGGCCAAAUCCCAUUUCCAUUCCACAUUCUCUAAGACGUGAUGUCUGUAAAAUUCAAAUGGCUUCAUCUGAUGAAAAGCUUAGACAAAACCUUGGUAAAGAUAUAAAGACUAUUUAUGACCUGCUGCUCCAUUUGAGUGGGCAGUUGCUGCCUGGAAUUAGUUCAAGCCAGUCGUUGCCAUGUGACCCCAUACAGCGAGUGGUGCAACUUCACUGGCAGCAUUCUACAAUGAUCACUUUUCUCAGAGGUCAAGGAGCAUGCCUUCCUCACAUUUUGCCUCAGUUUCUCCUUGACUUUGAAGAUUAUAAGAAAUGGGCCUGUUUACAGCUUAUGGUGAAGGUUGGGUCGUUUGAUCCUAAUGACAGUUAUGUUUAUGUUUUGGAUGAUUGUCUAUUUGAAGCCAUGAGCAAGCGAGCUUGGACAGAUGUGUUGCUUCAAAUAUACAAGAUUUUGGUUCUCCACCGUGUCUCCACUGUUGAAGACGAUACCGAGAGCAGUUUAGAAAACUCCGAACAUGUUCCACGUAUAAGUUCUGAUCCUUUGUCUAGUAAUAUAUACUCUUCAUCUGAAAGAAUUCUUCUUAUUUGGAUGAACAGAAAUUUUGAGAAGACACGAACAAUUGUAUGGAAAGACAGCAAAAAAGGUGAUAUACCACCUACAAGAUGGAUAGUAAACUUUGAUAAAGAUCUGCUUGAUGGCCUUGUCCUUGCUGCACAAGUAGCCAAAUAUUGCCCUUAUUUGAUUUCAACGCACUUUGCGAAUAUGUACACCUAUCCACAAACUACUGAACAAUGUCUUCACAAUUGCCUGAUUCUCGUAAAUGCUUUUCAUGCAAUAAGCCUUGACAUACAUGUACUGGCUACAGACAUUUGUGAUCCAAAUCCAAUCACAAUGCUUAUGCUUUGUGUCUAUUUAUAUGAGUGGCUUCCCCAGUAUUUACCUAAGAAAUCUGUCGAGUUUGCUGGUCCGCUUCAUGCUACUGUUGUUAGAAAGAUACAGUUAAAAAACCCAAGUAUGAAGCCUUUGGUUUACACUGCUACAAUUUUAGGAAGAGAAUGUGCUGAUUUUUCAUUACCUAAAGGAAAUAUGGUCACCAUUCCCCCAAAGAGCCAAACAACCAUAAAUGUGGAGUUUACUAGUCGCUUCCUGCAUCCCGCUGAAGCUGUGCUGUUACUUAUUACAAAGGCUUUAACCGGAGUGGUUGGGGCUACUAUGGCUUUCUCCUUGAUGACAAAGAUCAGUCGUAUUAAACCUGCUGGUGUAUUAAAAUGCAAAUCUCCAUGUUAUGAGCUAAACGAAUUAAAUCUGCAUGUUAUUAGUCCUUUCAAAAUGGAUGGGCCAUUCAGUAUCGUUUUAGUUGAAUCAACCAGUUGCAUCACUGAGCCUGAGAACUUAGAUCAACUCAGCCAUAUUAAACAAUGUAAAAUGAAAAGCUCCGAAGCUGACAUACUGAAUAAAAGACAUGAUGUGAUAGGUGUAAAAAAAUUCUGCAGUCAGGAGGACAGCUCAAAUGCUGCAGAAGAAUUUACUAGCUCUGAUGCUGUAGAUGAAUCUCCGGAUGAUGCAUUGGCAACUAAGGAAUCAAACUAUUUACAAGAGUUCUUUAGCCCAGUGGAUGUAGUUUUCCUGACGGGAGAAAGCAGUUCAAUCCUCAAGCUUCAUUAUCUUCCUUUUAUUAUGGGAAAACGUUAUUGUGCCAUAAUUUUGUUCAAUGAACAGAUUGGGGAAUUUGUGUACCUGGUGGAAGGAACAUGUGAUUUACCAUUGCCUUCAGGCUUACUUCCAAUGAAUAGCCCAAAUGUUCUGUGCAUUAGCAGCAGGCUAGAAGGUGACAGAGAAAUACAACCAGUGCUUUGUCUGAAAUGUUGUGUUGGUGAUAUGCUUCGAGAAAAGCUGAAGAUUCCUCUUGUGAAUGAAGCUAGGGAAAAGGCUCUGGCUCUUGCAGCACAACAGCAGAUGUCUGCUUUGGAGUAUGAGCGAAGAAAGGUCACUGGGACACUUGAGAGCAGCAGUGUUCGAGUUGCAGUUGCAGCUUUAGGUCUGUCACAAGUUGAGAAAGAUGCGCUGCACAACUUUCCUAAAUUUUCUACAAAAUAUAUUGAGUACAGUGUUGAAGUGAGCAUGCCUGAAUAUUUUGAAAGCCCUGAAAAUAUAGAAAUACCUGUGUUGGCAUCAAGCAGAAUUCAUCCUACACAGCAGGGAAAAGGACAUAUUUGGUCUGCAGAAGAAAGAGAAGUUGCAGAAGUUGAGCUUCCUUUAAAGUUUUUUCCUAAGUAUCCUGGCCGAUAUCCUUGUCAGAUUCUUCUUCAGUCGAAGUAUGAUGUCCGACUCUUUCAUAUAGAAUGUGUGGUGAAUACAAAUACUACCGAGGCUGAGCUAGAGUUUGUAACUCCAGCAUAUCAAGCAGUGACUCAAGACAUUCCAAUAACUAACCUGAGUCAACAAGAUUGGAAACUUAAAGCUCAUUUAAAAGGAUGCUGUUUUUAUGGUCCCCCGCUUAUAUACGUUGCCCCAGGUGAAACAACUCCAUACACCCUCAUGUUUAAGCCAACUUCCGAAUGUGUAAUUACGGGGGAACUCAUUUUGCAAAAUGAAGCAGAUGGCACAAAACAUGUCUUUGUCCUGAAGGGGACUGCAACAAAACCUUUGGCGAUGGAUUAUCUUGCGAUAGAGUGCCGAGUUAGAGAGAUUACACAGAAGCUCAUAAUGGUACCCAAUUUUACCAAUGAGGAAUUGCACUACAAGGUAUCUUCAGAUCUUCCAAUUGUCAGUGGUGACCCAAUUCUCACCGUAGAACCUGGUGACACAGCUGCUUAUACUCUGACUUUAUUCCCAUGGAAACGCGGAAAAAUUCAAGGUGUAAUUGUAUUUGCUGCUGAAGAUGGAGGACAGCAACAGAAGACAGAUGGUGUACAGUUCCCUCAGAAAUUAUCAGGAGCACUACCGAAAAAAGCCAAUGCAGCAAACACUGGACAAAGUCCGCCAUACAGCAAAGUCUGGUUUUCCCUGGAAAUAGAUUGUAUACCAGCUGCACCAGAAAAAACGAUACACGUUGAAUGCGCUGUUCUGGAUACUGUUUGCAUUGCAAUUCCUGUAACCAAUCCCACAGCUGAUGUUCUGGAAUUAGAAGUGGAGCUAAUAGAUUCUGUUACACUUAGUGGUGAAAGAUGCCUUGUUCUCCAGCCAAAAGAAACAUUUCACUAUGAAGUAAAGUACUCUCCAGCUGUUACUGGAGAGUCGGAUGGAAGCAUUGUAUUCCAGUCAGAGAAGCAUGGAGAGUUUUGGUAUGCACUGAAACUGAAGGCACAGAGACCUCAGUCCAUAAAAUUGCCUAUAGCAGAAUGUGAACUUGGAAAAUGGGUCCGUCAGCAUAUCCUUCUAGUUAAUCCUACAUAUGAACUUCUGGAGCUGAACUAUAUGAAUAGCAAUACAGCCCAUUUUAUUAUGGAGAUAGACCCCGAAAUCCCUCUGGUUGUAGCUCCUCAUUCCACCACUGAAGUACCAGUUCAGUUUUGUCCUUCUGCCCUAGGAAGGGCCAACCACACAGCAAAAAUCACUUUCAUGUGCCCACAGCUUGAGGAAUGGGUAUUUUUAUUGGCUGGGGUUGGUCUGAUUCCUCAGCCAUUGGAGCCAUCUUGUGUGAGUUCUUGCCUUGGUCACCAUUCUUCUAUCAUCAUAAGCUUCAGGAAUCCUACAUUUGAAGACAUAGUGUUGGAUGUCUUUUUAACAGAUCAGGAGCAUGUCAUGCAUAAUCCCCAUGCAUCCGUAUCCCACCAUUCCAAUAAGGACAGCAUUUUCUGGCUUUCACUCAAGCAAAAACAAGGAAUCGUUUUGGCUCCAAAAAGCAAGUUGGAUAUUCCAGUAUUGUUUGCACCUCACUCAAUGAAACUGUAUGAAGUUGUGCUGGUUAUUAAAGUUGAAAAGUUGGAUGCUGAUAAAUGGUCUUACGAUGACACCUUCGAUUUAAGCAAAGCACUAACAAGCCACACUGUAAUAAUGAAGGAUGAAGUCAUCCGGGGAAUUCGUUGGAUCUAUCCAAUUCAUGGAAUUCCUGAAUCGCCACCCUAUAAAUCUGCACCAGCUGUUGUAUGCUGCAGAGCCCGCAGUAGACUGGAUGAAAGCGUAGAAGUGCUGUUAACUGGUGUAACACCUGCAACAUCUGAUACACAUAUAGCCACAGACAGUAUAAUUAUAAUUCCUUCCAAAAGCAAGUCCGUCACUAUUAAUGAUGAAGGAUUCUCUACCCCAGAAGAAUUUGUGUAUGAUAUUGAGUUUGAAUCUGAUAGAGUGGCAUCUCAGCUGAAGUCUGCAGUAGCUAUAAACUUGCUGAAGAAAUUUCGGGAUCUGAAAACUGGAAUUGUGACCUUGAUCUUCAAUAUCAUAUUUGCACCUAGCAAACCAAUGAGGCAUCCGGCAACGUUGGUGGUACAGUGUGUCACGGGAGGCAUUUGGAAGUUUCCAAUACUGUUUGUUGCCACUGAACCAGAAGUGGAUGAUGUCAUCAAUAUUGAAGCAGCUGGCUUAAACAAGGAAUCAGUAGUUAAAUUCAAGCUUACAAGCCAAACAAGGUACCCAGAGCCUUACACGGCAUACUUCCUAACAGGCAGCGAUCCAGAAUUUGCUGUAUCGCCUCAAGCUGGGGAACUUCUUCCACUUGACUCGACAGGAACCUGGAUCACUGUUGGAUUCAAGCCUAAUAUGUACAGCAAGAAACACAAAGCAACAUUAGUAAUACAGACCACAGCAAUGCAAUGGAUGUAUGAGCUCAAUGGCCUGCCCCCACAAACUGUGCCACCAAGUUCAUCAGCAAAAGUUGACUGCAGGAAUACCUAUGUCAGAUCAGCUUCGGUGCAACAACGCAACUUUGUACGGGAAAAUAUGAAGCUGUUAUCCACUGGCGUGUCCUCCACCAUUAAAGGAGCACCUCUCGUUUUAAGAGCAAAAUAAAGCAUAAUGCCCUCA